AUUAACGCUGAGUCACGCCCGUCACGUCAGUACAAGGCGCACCCACAGUACACCACAACUCAACCAUCGCAGCACGCAGUCAUCCUUGAAAAUUAUUUGGAAGAGUCUGUCUAAUCCGAGCUUAGCAGAAUCAGGACAUUCACGAGUCUGAUAGACAUAUCGUUUAUGCAAGAUGAAGGGGUUCACUAAAGCUAUCAAGCGAACACCCCACCUUGUCACAUCUAAAACUGGCUUCUCAAAGAAGUCUUCUGAUCCCGAGUUCGAUGACUAUAAUCGCCAUUUUAUUUCCCUCGAGCAGGCUACAGAAAAGCUGCUCAAAGAUACCAAGGCUUUCUCUGAAACAGUUAUCUCACUCUUCACUUCUUCUGCGGGUGCCGCCAACCAUACCAAUUUUAUGUUCUCUCCCUUGGCCGCCGAGUAUAACUUGCAAGGCAAGCACCCCUCCGCCGCGGCAACCGUUGCAAACACCCCUGCGUACGCAACCGCGCUCGACGAACUCCGUUCUGCGAUCUCCCCUGAACUCGAGCUCAUCGAAUCACGAAUAGUUGCGCCCGUGAAAGAGUUCCAAGGUGUCCUCAAGCUGAUCAGGAAGAGCAUCACUAAACGUGAUCACAAGCUGGUCGAUUAUGAUCGAUUCAACAACUCACUUACUAAACUGAGGGACAAGAAAGAGAAGAGUUUGAGUGACGAGAAGAAUUUAUUCAAGCUUGAGCAAGACUUCGAGAUUGCCACAAAUGAGUACGAUUACAUCAACAACGCGCUCAAGACCGAUCUCCCGCGGUUCAUGCAACUUGCAACUCAUUUCAUCGAUCCUCUUUUCCAUUCAUUCUACUAUAUGCAGCUUAACAUUUAUUAUCUUUUCCUUGAGAAAAUGAAUUCUUUCGCAGAAGGUCGAUACGAUGUUACCAACGUCCCCGGCGCUCAAAUCCUGGCUGACUAUGAAGAAAAACGAACGGAUGCAUGGCGUCAGAUCGAGGAUCUCAACAUCACCAAGCGGAUCAUAUCGACAUCGAAACUCGUGCAAGCCAAUCGUGCAACUGGCGGCAAUUCGUUGACUGUUGCUUCUUCCAUCGGUCGUUCACCUAGCAUCACAAGUGCUGGCAGCGGGAGCAGCCGCUCGAUGCCUCCACCAUCUCGGGCAGCACCCACAUCUUCCUUUAUCAAGAAGGCUCCUCCACCGCCGCCAGGUCAGACAGCUGCACCUCCUCCCCCGUACUCUACCUCUUCAAGUGAUGCGGGCGCAGCUGCAACAAAGAGGCCGCCUCCGCCUCCACCUUUGAAACCCAAACCAAAGCCGGAGCCAGCCGUAGAGUAUGUUACAGCACUAUAUGAUUUUGAUGCCCAGGCCGAUGGAGAUCUUUCUUUUAAAACCGGCGACCGCAUCGAAAUUGUGACCAAGACAGAGAGUCAGGAAGAUUGGUGGACAGGUCGUCUUGAUGGCGCUGAGGGUGUAUUCCCUGGUAACUACGUGCAGUGAUGUGGAGACGAAUAUUUGACAGUUGAAUAUUAAUUGAGUACUGUAGUAGCUUACAUUUGGAGGACAUUACCUUUUCUGCUAGGGACAGCAUCAGGCAUCUUGCCU